AGGCCGUGACGUCAAAACAGUGCGGAGCGACAGCCGGCGGGGAGGCGGAAACGGAGAACUGCACGGACCGGGGGCGCGUCAGGUGGUGUUCCGAUUGGUCUGAGGGGACGGGGCGUGGAGAACCUGACGUUCUCAUAGGAGGGGUAAAACCAACGUCACGCGGCUGGGCCGGCCUAUGACGUCCGACGGAGGUCAAACGUGGGGGCGGGCAUCAUGACGCCCUACAGUGGGCGGGGUUAAACGUCAGGAGUCUGGGCGUGUCGGCGGCGUUGCCCCUGGUUACCGGUCGAGGGUUGGCGUUGGGGAGAGAAGUAGGUUGUCGUUUGGAACCGGGGAAUGGAGGCGGAGGAGAGGACGGAACGGUGGCAGAUCUUCACCAACGGCAGCUGCCCCCGCCCAACACCGUAAGGACAGGUCCCGUUUCACCUGACCCCAUUCGCCCAGCCGUAGCAGAGUAACAAAAGGUUGAGGUGGAGAGAUCUAACCGCACCCCCACAACCCCUCCAUCCUCCGCCCCGUCAGUCAGUGUCCGGCGCCCGUGAGUCUGUUGAAAACGGGGCCGCGGGCUCGGCCUCUGCUCACGGUUGAACACAGAAAGGGCCCGAACCCCUCUCCCCGGCCAUCAGGCGGCGCAGGAAGAUGGCGAACGAGCCUCCCGCCCGCAGUCUGGACGACAUCGACCUCUCGGCUCUCCGGGAUCCUGCGGGUAUUUUUGAACUGGUGGAAGUUGUCGGAAAUGGGACCUAUGGACAAGUAUAUAAGGGUCGACAUGUCAAAACGGGGCAGCUUGCAGCCAUCAAAGUUAUGGAUGUCACAGAGGACGAAGAGGAGGAGAUCAAACAAGAAAUUAACAUGCUUAAGAAGUACUCUCAUCAUAGAAAUAUUGCAACGUACUAUGGAGCCUUCAUCAAGAAGAGUCCUCCAGGCCAUGAUGACCAACUUUGGCUGGUUAUGGAAUUCUGUGGAGCUGGAUCAGUCACAGACUUGGUCAAGAACACAAAAGGAAAUGCACUGAAAGAAGAGUGGAUCGCCUACAUCUGUAGGGAGAUACUGAGGGGCUUAACACAUCUUCAUGCGCAUAAAGUUAUUCACAGAGACAUCAAGGGACAGAAUGUGUUACUGACAGAAAAUGCUGAAGUAAAACUUGUUGACUUUGGUGUGAGUGCUCAACUCGACCGAACUGUUGGAAGAAGGAAUACGUUCAUUGGCACCCCAUAUUGGAUGGCCCCUGAAGUGAUCGCCUGUGAUGAGAACCCAGAUGCCACCUAUGAUUACAGGAGUGAUAUUUGGUCUUUGGGGAUUACUGCAAUCGAAAUGGCAGAAGGUGCACCACCUCUGUGUGACAUGCACCCGAUGCGAGCCUUAUUCCUUAUUCCAAGGAAUGCCCCUCCGAGGUUGAAGUCUAAAAAGUGGUCAAGGAGGUUUAUAGAGUUUAUUGAAAAUUGUCUGAUCAAAAAUUACACUCAGAGACCGUCUACAGAUCAGCUGUUGAAGCACAGCUUCAUUCGAGACCAGCCAACCGAGAGGCAGGUUCGCAUCCAGCUAAAAGACCAUAUUGAUCGGACCCGGAAGAAGCGCGGUGAAAAAGAGGAGACGGAGUAUGAAUAUAGUGGCAGUGAGGAAGAGGAGGACAAUGUCGGUGAAGAAGGAGAACCCAGCUCCAUUGUGAACUUGCCGGGUGAGUCCACGCUGAGGCGAGACUUCCUGCGGCUGCAGCAGGAGAACAAGGAGCGUUCAGAAGCUGUCAGGCGGCAGCAGCAGCAGAUCGUGCUGCCUCGGAGGGACCUAGAGGAGCACAAACGGCAGCUUAUCUCUGAGCGGCAGAAACGCCUAGAGGAGCAGAAGGAGCAGCGUCGUCGGCUGGAGGAGCAACAACGCCGAGAAAGAGAACUACGCAAACAGCAAGAGAAAGAGCAUCAGAGGCAGCUAGAUGAGAUGCAGCAGCUACGCAGAGAAGAGGAGAGGAAACAGGCAGAGCGAGAACAGGAGUACAUAAGGCAUCAAUUAGAGGAGGAGCAGAGGCAGUUAGAGAUUCUUCAGCAGCAGCUACUGCAGGAACAGGCUCUGCUUCUGGAAUACAAACGGAAACAGCUGGAGGAGCAGCGGCAGUCUGAGCGGCUACAGAGGCAACUGCAGCAAGAGCAUGCAUUCCUCAUGUCACUGCAGCAACAGCAACAGCAGCAGCAGCAAAAGCAGCAACAACCCCAGGAAAAGAAGCAGUUGUACUAUUACAAUAAAAAUGUGAAUCCAGCUGACAAGCCAGCCUGGGCAAAGGAGGUUGAAGAACGCUCCAAAAUGAACAGGCAGAACUCUCCUGGUGCAAAGCCUAAGAUGGGGACAACAAUAUCUGAUCCAUCACUGCAGUCGCUGACUGAAUCUGUACCCAGCAGUGCUGCCCAGACCUCUCAGACGCCACCCAUGCACCGACCUGUGGAGCCGCAGGGAGCCCAGUCAAAGUUUCAAGUGGCGCACCUUGUUGCGCUGAAGCCAUCGUCAGCACCGGUACCGCGGUCUCAGUCACUCCAAGACCAACCGACCAAGAAUGUCGCUGCCUUCCCGACCCAGGAGCCCGCACCAGUGAAGCGUGGUGAGAUGCUGCGUCAGAACUCUGACCCGACUUCGGAGACGCCAGUACUCCCACCCCGUGCUAGCAACCGAGAUGACUCCGGGCCAUGGGUGAAGAUGGAAGAUGAAGCACCUCCCAAGGUUCCUCAGAGAACGACCUCCAUAGCUACAGCACUGAACAGCAGUAGCGCUCUGAUAAAUCGACCGGGGCAGGCACCGCGUGCAAGCAAUCCAGAUCUACGCAGGAUUGAGCCAGGAUGGGAAAGGGCAGACAGUGUCCCACUGAUUGGCCCCCACCGGGUACUUGGGACUGGUUCCAUGGAGCGCAACAGAAUUACAACUUCCGUCAAACCUGAAGGAUCGCCAGUCCUCUCGCAGGAUACAAACCGGGGAAAGCCAGAGGAGAUACGCACUACCUCACGACCUGGAAGACCUGCAAGCUAUAAGAGGGCAAUAGGUGAGGACAUGCUGAACCUGGGGAAAGACAUCCGGUCAGACGAGCUGCCCAAACCACCGGUUAAAGUGAUGGACUACUCGUCCUCCAGUGAGGAUUCUGGCAGCAGUGAUGAUGAUGAGGAGGAAGCUGACAGUGAACGUCAAGAUGAGAAUCUGUCCAGCUCUGAUGGCUCCAGAUCAGGACCAAGCCGUAAUAAAGACGGUGACACAGACAGUGUAAGCACAAUGGUGGUGCAUGAUGAAGAGGAGACUUCAGCAGCUGAAACAUCCAGCAACACCUACGGAGAUGGAACAAUGAUUGUUCAGAGGACGCCUGAGGAGGAACGAGGAGUCCAUCAUCCAGACAGCAAUGGUUUCACAAGUCAUGUUAACCUGCCUGAUUUAGUGCGGCAGAGCCAUUCCCCAACUGAUCCCAAGGGACCUACUUCUCAGCAGGACGAUGGGAUAUCGGAGUUUCAGUCAAGGGGCCUUGUAAAAUCACCUGGGAAGUCAUCAUUUACCACCUUUGUUGAUCUUGGAAUGUACCAGAUGGAUGCUGGUGGGGAUACGAUACAAAUUGGUGGUUUAAACAUGGGUGAUGGAGGCGGAUUAAACCAACUGAAGUAUGAGGACAGAAAGUGCUCAGUGGUGAAUGUCAAUCCGGCCAACACACGACCGCACAGUGAUACGCCUGAAAUACGCAAAUACAAGAAACGUUUUAAUUCUGAAAUACUUUGUGCUGCCUUGUGGGGUGUGAAUCUGCUGGUGGGCACAGAGAAUGGGCUGAUGCUGCUUGAUCGUAGUGGGCAGGGCAAAGUCUACAGCCUCAUCAGUCGCCGACGUUUCCAGCAGAUGGAUGUUUUGGAAGGACUGAACCUCCUCAUCACUAUAUCAGGUAAACGGAACAAACUGCGUGUAUAUUACUUGUCCUGGCUGCGAAAUAAGAUUUUACAUAAUGAUCCAGAGGUGGAGAAGAAGCAGGGCUGGACCACAGUGGGAGAUAUGGAGGGCUGUGUGCACUACAAAGUGGUGAAGUACGAGAGGAUCAAGUUCCUGGUUAUUGCUCUGAAGAACUCUGUUGAGGUCUAUGCCUGGGCUCCAAAGCCUUACCACAAGUUCAUGGCUUUCAAGUCGUUUUCGGAUCUGCCUCACAAACCAACACUGGUUGACUUGACUGUGGAAGAAGGUCAGAGGUUGAAGGUUAUAUAUGGAUCCAUUACAGGCUUUCAUGCAGUUGACGUGGAUUCUGGAAACACCUAUGAUAUUUAUAUCCCAGUACAUAUUCAGACCCACGUCGUGCCUCAUGCCAUUGUGAUUCUACCCAACACGGCAGGAAUGGAAAUGCUUUUGUGCUAUGAAGAUGAGGGAGUUUAUGUGAACACUUAUGGCCGGAUCACCAAGGAUGUGGUGUUGCAAUGGGGUGAGAUGCCGACCUCUGUUGCAUACAUCUGCUCGAACCAGAUCAUGGGUUGGGGUGAGAAGGCAAUUGAAAUUCGCUCUGUCGAAACGGGUCACCUCGAUGGCGUUUUCAUGCAUAAAAGAGCUCAGCGGCUAAAGUUCCUCUGCGAGCGAAAUGAUAAGGUGUUUUUUGCUUCUGUCCGUUCAGGUGGAAGCAGUCAAGUUUACUUCAUGACGUUAAAUAGGAACACAAUCAUGAACUGGUAAAAGGGACAACAUGUUGGACUACUGAAGUGUUGGAUACUGUAAAUAAGGAGAACGACGCGUUUUGUAGAUCAGAGCUUUAAAACAAGAGUUGAAAGGUCUCGGGAAGGUUUCUGUGGAACUUGCAGUGGAUUCUCGUGCCUCAAAAGAUGUUGUUGAAGCUGUUUCUUCACAAUUGUUGUUUUCCUUCCCCAGGCUGGAGAAUGAACUCGACAGCUUGGCUGCAGUCACCCAGCAUGCUUUUCCCUUUGGACACUGAGGCUGCUACUUGUUGGUGGCAUGUCACAUGGAUGGAGUGUGCGCGUGGUUGAGGUCAUUGGGGAGGGUUGGGGGGGGGUGUUUGGCAGGAGAUGGGGUGAAGGAUAAUGAUUGGAAAUAAGCCACUGUUCCAGUCAGGAGAGUUGGAAGCACCCAAUACCAGUGUGACCCAAUCUGUGCCACCUCAGGCCUGUUGCUGACGGGUGCGAGUUGGGAAAGCCUGGUUUGAACCCAGCCUGGCAGUUCCGAUGAUUUCGGGGUAUUUUAUUUUGCUUAUUUUAGAGUAGAACUAAAAUAGUUUUGCAAAUUCCUUUCAUGCAUCCAAACAUUUGCGCAAAGAAAUCAUGUCUAGUUGCAUCUAACUAGGAAGUUGAAAGGUGUGGGCCAAUCCAUUGUUGAUUUAGGGGACCAUGCAAGCUGACAGAAGGAUCGUACACGCCUCAGGUAAGGUGGUGAGGGGUGAAUCAGAAGAGACACACCAGCAUCACAGUACCAUUUCUGUUAAAAUGUCAUGUCAAAAUAUCUCUUUGAGGUGUGUUUGUUUGGUGAUUAUGGGGCUCUACGUACAGUCUGGGCAAACCCCAGAGUCUGGAUCUCCCCAGAUGCUUCAAAAUGUCUGGUAAAGUCUUGCCUACCCACAUAAAGUUUGGCAGGUUGCUUGCUUGUCCAUCUGACAUGUAAAUCUGUGAUUUCUGUUUCUCUUUUGCCCCAGUGCUCUCGCUCUCUCUUGCCCCCGCUUGCUCCCCCCUCCCCUGCUUCCCCCCCCCCCCCCCCAUUCACGUGCUGUGUUUCUGUCACCCCUUGCUCAUGUGUUCACUCUCUUUUCUUGCCCCGCUUGCGUGCUCUCGCUGUCUGUCUCUCACUGUCUGUCUCUCACACACACAUCCCCUGCUCAUGUGCUCUCGCUCUCUCUCUCGGCCUGCCUGCCUCGCCAUCUCCAACUGUCUGUCUCUCCCCUUCUCGGCUGAUUUUGAAAUUGGUUAGUAUAAGUGAGGAUGGCAGCAUGUGAAAGGCAUAAAAUGGCUGUGACAGACCAAAUGGUUCCUCACUGUUGCGCAUCAUUUAAACCUUGUGCUCAAUGCUGUGAUUUCCCAAUCGCUAUUCCACUUUCAGGGACCACGUUCCCUUCUCAAGAGUCAUCCUCUCCAGCUUCCCAAGUGAGACACAUGAAUGAUUUCUCUUAAGUGGGUCAGGGGGGUGGUACAGAAGCGUGACAAGAAAUGAGGAGUGGGCCAGUGAUUCCUGAAGAUGGGAACAGCGUGUCCGGAAUUAGCCUUUCAAGUGGUCUGAUGUUGCCAUGGAGACUCUGGGAUAUUUCCCUUUGCGUCUUGCUGGCUGCCUUCUGCAGAGCAGGAUGUACUUGUUUAAAAUGAAGCACCAGAACUUCCCCUGCAGGUGCUUAAUAAAGUGACAGCUGAUCUCUGUCUGCCGCACUGUCUGCAGAAUUCCAUUUGUGCUGUCCAACCCAAUGUGGCUCACUGUGUCAAGUAAAGAAUCAUUCAGACUGAAGCCUUUCCUCAUUCCUGCUCCUGUGUACCACAGUUUCCCUUUUGCUGUGUCCUUCCCCCAAAGCACUUGUCUUUGCAUUAUUUCUGUCUCUCCGAUUGUGUUAGAUCAUGAGGGCCAGGUUUCUCCCGCUUUUCCUCCGUUCUUCAAGAUGUCUUCUCACUUAAACCAGCAGUUCAACCUCCACCUCAGCCAGUGGGUCAGGGUCUCCCUGGAGUGAAUAGUGUUUUUGCUUCUGCACUGACCCCAACGGCUGUUCCAAUUAGGGUUUGUGGCUCGCGUGUGAGGCGUUGAACCUCGCUAGAUUUCAUGGUUGGGCUUAGAAGAUCAGUGUUCGUGUGUGUUUGAGAUGGGGCUGUUGUCAUCCAAGCUGUAUGACAACAGCAAGAUGGCGCGGGGCCAAACUCUCAUGGGCUUCGGAACAACCCACAAUUGAGAACUGACUGCGGGCUGUGCAAGUGUUACCUCAGGGCAAGUGGCUGCACUUCAUGUCCAGAGACAUGAAAUUCCCAUUAUGCUGUUUGACCCGGGACCAUGAUGGUAAUGGUGAGGUGUUAGGGUUUCUGAAUACAGCCAGAUACAUUGGACUGACUGAUUAGUGCUACUGGUAUAGGCUUGUUUUCAUGUCAGCCCUGAUCAUUUGGUUGCUGCAAUUUGUCUGGAGACUUACUUCGUUUUUUUCAGAAAAUUUGGCUCAGAGACUAGGUCAGUGUCCCUGCAAUGUCAGAGAGUGCUGCAAUGCUCCUUGAACAUGUUUUGGUUGUAUCAUUUGGUCUGCUCAUAUCUUUUGAAUUUCUGUUCGAUACCACUGCAUUUGAUGCUCUCAUAGUUCUAGCACAGUAAAAUUCAAGGAGCUGGGGGAGAGGAGAGAACUCUUCUUGGGGUGGGCUUGACUUUUCAGUCUGUGAACUGUCUGCAUGCAAAGCUACAGCCUCUAGGACUCCUCAUGUCUGUCCAGAAAUCUCUGCCAGUUCAAUGUGACCGAACAGAAUUUUGUGUGAUGGCAUUCCAUUGAAAUGGGAUGUGUGGAAUUUGCAGUUUUUUUUCACAUUGAGCUUGGUUUAUGCAAUGGUCUAGUUAGUCAUGGGGUAAAUUUACAUUGCAGGGACUGUUGUGAUGGCAAUUGCCAGUGUCCUAAAUGUAAAUUAAAUAGAUUGCUACAAGCAGCAGGUAGUCUAUUAUUAAUUCUACACCCACAACAAAAUUUUGUAGAGCUGAGGAUUUUCUAGACCUCUGCUAUACCAAAAGCUGGGCAGCAUGAAUGGUAAUUCAGGGAGCUGCAAUUAAGUGUGUUUAUUUUUAAAUCAGUUGCAAAUUUGGGUGAGAUGAUGAAAGGUAAGUGUUUUUAUACCCUCAUUCCUCCUUUCCCUGAUACUGGUGAGGAGAGAGAUUGUAGGCAUGAGUAUAAUAUGAUAACUCGAUUUGACAAAGGGUGGAGAAGUUGAUUUCACACAGAGAGAAAUGGGUCAUACACUGACUAGAGACAAACAUACUGCCUGUAAAUGAUUUUAAGAGUUACUCACUUGAUCUCCUGUGGUGAGGUGUUUCGGGUUUCUGAGCUAAUAUAGUCUUGCAGUGAAGCUUCAAGAGGCCAAAGGAGUGAGCUUUGUUUGACCCAUAAUGUGUCAUCGUAAGUCAGUUUCCAUGUUAAGUUCCUCUGUUACACUCUGGCGGUCAUGUACAUGUCCAUUAUAAUUCACCCUGUGUAAACUUUCUGUGCAAAUUUGUCAUGUUUCAUUUACACCCUCCUGCCAUAAUACCUCCUUUGAUGGAGUUGGAAGUUGCAACAACACAAGCCAACAUUCAAAUGUGUUCCGACUGAAGGCUGGCACCAGACUUCAUCCAGAUUGAUUACUAGCUGUUUUGAGCAUAUGUCACCGUAAACUAUAGUCCACUUCCAGUGGCUCUCAUAGUUGAACAAACAGGGUUGAAUAGGAAGGAAGACAUCUCAAUGAAUCAAAAAGGUAUUGCUUUCAUUUGAUUUUCCUUUGAAACUUGAGUUUCAAACAAAGAUUGACGAGUUACCCUUACAAUGCAUUCCUUUGGUUGAGUGACAGGGGAGGGUGUCUAGAUGUAUCUUUUGUUCCUUUAAUUCCUUUAAUUGGCUUUAAUUCAGAACACCCCCAUGCCCAUGCCCCAUUCGGCAUCUCCUCCUCCUCCUCAUUACCCCCCCGGCCCGCGCGCGCACACACACAGAGAAAAAUAAAAUCUCUCUCCUGGGGAACAGUGGAUGUGGAACGUGCCCUGAAGUGUUUGAAAGCAGCAGGCCGUUUGUACUGAGCAAAGGCGAUUCUGCGAGGAUGACGUCUGCAUAGGUUUCCGCCCGACAUACGUCACACUGUGAUGUCAGAAAUUGCCAUCCCCUCUGUCUAAUUUGGUAUCAAAAUCAGGGCCCAUUCUCACUUUUUGAGAGACUGCACAGCUUUGACUCAGAGGAUGUGUCUUAACAAAAAUCCUUCCCUUUCCCCAACCCCUUUUACUCCUGUAAAUAGCUUUAAAUGUUCACCCUAUACUAUAGGGUCAAAGUGACGUGAACUAAGUUUUCUUCUUUUUGGCAGAAGAAAAGGCAUUAAGACAAUCGAGAUGAGGGUGAGUGUUUGGGCACUCUGUGCACUCGCAUGGAGGUUCCGUGUGCGUACAAGAACUCCAGGGUGGAUUCAAGUGAGCAUUCGUUGUCAGUGGAACUUCUAGUGUUGGGGGAUUUGGCUAAGGAGGCGGCUGUUUCCCUGCAGUUGCUGCUGUAAAGGAGAAGCAGUUGGGAAUAAUUAUUUUUAAAAGGUUAUAGAUUUAUUUCCUUGUCCUGCACAGCAGGAUGAAGGAGACUAUUAAGUUGUGCACUGCUCAAUCAUGUUCCCAGUCAUUUUAAAGAAAAAAAUUGCACAUCUGAGUGAACUCAUGUCCUUAAGUAUAUACAAAACCUCAGGGUCACUGGUGUUUGCUGAGUUGUGCUCUUUUUUUCUUCAUUUGUCUCAAGGCAGUCACAUUGUCUGGGGUUACUUUCUCUGGUCCCAUUCAUUCUGCUUUUUGCUCCCAUUGCCAUCACGAGCCAGUGGUUUUGAACUGGAUGUGCUUUAUUCCAGUCAUAUCCUACGUAUGUUGCCAACAGCUCCCAGGUUGGAGUGGCCUUCCCUGUCAGCUUUUCUUUCCUUUUGAAGUAGGGAUAACUUCUGUGUGGUUAGCACCCCCAGCCAAGACCUAACCCUAAUUCUUCCCUCUUUACCUGCCCUUGCUUUGCUGCUCUUCGCCCGGGAGCAAGGAGGAAGCUUGAGGUGGAACGAUUACAUUGCAAGGUUGCUUUUAUUGCUCUUGUUGAUCAUGUAGAGAGAAGUAUCUCUCACUGAGGAUUUCUACUUACAUUUGCUCCUUUGAAUUUUGAUGCUAUCUUCGAAGAUUCAUCAACAUAUUGGGUAUAUACAGGAGUGUUGACAUGCUCCAUGGGAAACGUGCUAGUGCCAUUAAUCCUUCAUCCCUUGAGAAUGCGCGACCUGUAUUGUCCUUGACCCAAACCCCCUAACCAUUCCAACCAUGUGAUCCCUGGGUAGGCUUCUUCUCCAAAGCACAUGAGAGAGUCAGUAUCUACCUCCACCUUUUGCAUGUGACCUGCCGCAUGGGUAGAAGGCUCUGCAGGGCAUGCAUCAGACUUCUCAGCAUUCUCAGAACCUAUCAAACCAGAGUGAACACCAAUCAUCCUCAGUCCCAGGGACUACAUAAACAGAAGUAGGCAAAUGUCAGAGCAUCCGAGGGUAACAGGGAAGGGUUAAAGUUCAUCUGGGUGUCAGAUUCCCUUUCUCUCUUGCUCUGAGUGCAAAAAGCUCAAAGAUUGAGCAAGGCACUUUAAGUUAUAAAAUAUCUAAUUAAAUUUGACAUCAAACCAAGCACUCAAUUCCGGUAAAACCUAAUAGCUUUCCUUGCAACCAGCUUCUAGUGAGUAAAGACCUGAAGACAGAUUGUUGUGGGAUGGUGGUGAGGAAUACCUUCCAUCACUACCCUGAGCUGCUAUUCCAUGUGGUUCUCUGAAUUGAAUGGCUGCUUUGUGUGGCAUCCUUUGAAGUUUACUUCUUUGGCCAUGAGGUCAAAUAUGGGCCCUUUUAAACACUAAAGAAUGUCUUAUCGCUUUGUAAGCUGUGCAUGUUUAUCUCUGACUGUCAUUCUUGUUUCUUAUCAAUUAUUUGGGUUGUGUUCCCUCUCACACUCCAGGCAGACUUCCAAUGUCAUUAAACACUUAUUUGUCCUAAAAGGGAUGGAUAUUUAACAGAGACCAUCAUGUAUGUACCUUGAUUAUGGUCAGGCUGACUGAUCUCGAUUUAGCCAGUGCGUUCUUUGGCCAGGUCAUCAAGUAGAUAUGUGUUAAACGCAAAUCAAUUUGGACAAAUCCAAAAUCCUUCAGCGGGUACUGCUGUUUGUUGAUUGUCCAGAGGCUGUUAGGCCAACACAGGGGCUAUCAGGUUUGAUUUCCUGCUGAUUGUUCAGCUUGUGCUCUCCAGGAGUAGGUGAGGGGAACCAGGAGCUAAAGGCAUUGGUUCCCUCACAAGGUGUAGCAUCUUCAGGCAGGGAGAGAGGGAGAACCUCCCCAGACUAUUUAUGGGGAGUUGGGGGAUGGUAUUUCCCCUCCUCAUCCUCUGAACAAACAUAAAGCAUCACUGGGAGAGAUUGACAGUGCCUAGCUUGUGUUUGGAUUGAUUGAAGUAAUUAAAGCAGGUACAAAGGGCUAAAUGUGAUGGAAUGGCAAAUAUCUAUCCUUCACUUGACUGCUUUCCCACUGAGGGUUUGACAUGGAGUCCUGACGCACAUGUUAGCCUGUAACGAGUACAGAGAGUGCAGCAACACCAUGACCUCCCUAGUGUGCAAUUAGUGUGCAAUCAAACAUUGUGGAGUCUUUGUUUCUCUUUUGUUCUAAUUAAUGUUCGCAAAAGAUAAAGAACUGACAAUCUUGUUUCCUUUCCAAACUGAGUUGAAUGCUUUGAUUUGAAAGCCAGCGCAGUGCAGGGGGUUGGACUGCGGCCUGUGGAGGGGUUGGUUGCAUGCUGCAGAACCUUUUUGAGCUCCAAUGUCACUGGCAAAACAGCUUCUUGUUUCUCAGAUUCUUGGUGUCUUUGCAGUAAAAAGGUAAAUAAAUCUCAAACUGAACUGAACAUUGCUGGUAUCUGUACAGUACGUUGUACCUGGGAAAGACUGGUGCAGGGAGCUCUGGGCUUUGCUUUAUGCUCCAUGGGUGGUGAGGGGUUUUGGGGGUGAUGGAUCUCAAUUGUUGACAGUGGCAGUCAACAAAGCUAUCUGCUUUCUGGUCUGUUUGGAAUGUUUUAUGUGAACCAAUUCUCAAAACAUGGAAGGUUGAUGCCUGUGGGUCUAGAAAAUUAUGUUGUCCAGCCAGCAUAUUGAAAUGAUUCCAAAGCCUUGCUUCAAGUAGCCUGUCCCAAAAUUAGUGAUGCAUCAGCUGUUAAAUAUUGCUGCUGUAAAAUCCUUUUGCAGGUUUGACCAGGCACUAGUUCUAAUCAUGGAUUUGACAUUUUACACUUGUUCCUUUUCCUCCUUGUAUCUGACCUGCCACUCUGCCAACUUGUCCCGAAAUUAAACAGAUCGGUUUUGAAAGGGUUCAAUUAACAGAGGCCAGUGCGUAAUCUGUUGUGCUUAGUCAAUUAUUGUCACUCAUGUCAAAGCUCCAAAGUGUGAAAAGGUGAGUGACAAUUGGCAUUUCAACAUUUUAUCCUAGUAACUGGACUAAAAGUGGAGUGAUCCAAAAUGCCAGAGAGUUCAAGUGAGCUACAAACUUUCAGACAAUGUGUUUUCACUAGGGACUUUGAUAUGGUGGAAGAGAGUUUGAGAUCAUUGCAUCUUGCAGGUGAAGAAUUAGCCCUUUCCCAGUGAUUGUAAUCCUCAACAAUUGAAAUUGGCUGCUAAUGUUUAGCCUGGCACUACGCUUAACUCAUCAGACAGAUUGACCAGGACGAUGAGGUGAUAAUUACUCUCAAUCUUUCCUUCCCUGCUGCCCCAUAUUGGCCACCCAGGAAACACAAAGUGGUAUUGACUGUUUUGAGAGCCUCAUACUGUUUGUGACAAAUCACACCAGUAAAACGGAGUCGAAAUGCCCAAUAGGGAUGUCAUUGCCUCCAAACGAGAGCAACAAGUGACCCAGCCAGCUCAAGUACCAGUCUGCUUCCGGUUUUAACCCUUUUCAAAUGUGGGUCAAGUACCUUUUUUCUAAAAUAAAAUGUAUUACUUGCCUUGCGAGGGAUUUUUAACUCUCUUUUUCUUUUGCUAUCAGAGAAUGAACACAUUCCUUUGCAGUUUUGUUUUUUGAGUUUAGUUGCAUCCAUUCCUGGAUGACUGCAUGGUAUUUGGGGGGAGAGUGGGCCACUUUGUACCAGGAGAUGCCUGUUUCCUUGCCCCUACUGCCAUUGGUACCAUGCUGUAAAUCUCUGGCUGGCACUUCUUCUGUUGGGAAAUUAAUACCUUUUUUCUUUCUGUGGCCAUGUUACGCCCCCCACUUUCUGUGGCCCUUCUCAAUGAAGGGACUAGUGACUGCUGGAGCCUUGUCUUCAAGCCCAAGAGAGUUAAGAAUCCCUGUGUAAGUCAUUCUGUGUCUUCAAUAAAUGAAUGUAUCUUGUUUGACAUAAUUUAUGGUUGGAUAAUUUUCUUUUUUGUUUGAAAAAUAAAUUCUGCCCUCUGACAUUU